AAUGUCUAUCAAUCCCUAUAUGACCGUCCUCGGGGCGAUCUUCCUCCUCGCCGCUACCUCAAGGCAAAACGCGGCAGCGUUGAGUCUUUCUCUCGCUGACCCUUGCACGGUCUCGGAUUUCCCAGCAUUGUGCAGAGGUACCAUUAAGGGUCAAACUAAUGUGAACGCAGCUACGGAUGUAGCCAUAAGAGAGUUGAUGAAACGGACGAGGCAAGCCAAAGAAAUCGCCGAGAAAGAACUGAAACGCGAUGGAGGAGUCGCGACUUGUUUGUCCAACUUCAAUAGCGCGUUUGACAAUUUGGACAAGGCUCUUACGAACAUUAAGGAAAAUGAUGGUUUUAGCCUUAACAUUAACCUUAGCGCCGCGUUGACGGAUUACGAUACUUGCAGCGACGCGAUGAAGGAAACUCGGGAGAUCAACGUCAUUUAUAAAUCUGCUGGCGUUUUGUAUAAAAUGGCUGAUAAUUGCUUGGCGCUCUCAACCCUCGUUAAACAUUGAUUUUUAAGGAGAAUUGGGGAUUUCGAAUGAAAAAAAUGUUUUUAU